CCGCCUUCCACGCCAGCUUUUAAGCUCCUUGGUUAUCCUCCGCGAUCUUCAAUCUUCUUCUCUUCAACUCUGAAUUGUUCAAUAUGGGUGCGACGAUUUCCUCUUGUUGGGGAGCUCUGCCAUCCACUGCAGAGCUCUUCCCUCCAACCCCGACUGCCUAUACAUCAAUUCUAUGCUGCUUCCAAUACUUUCCCCUGAUCACGGUAAUUCAAUGGAUUUUAUCUUGGCAUCCAGCAGGCAAAACAUCCAAGGAGUCCAUCUUCAACAUCCCAGGACGAAUCGCCUGGUUUGCCAUGGAGAUUGUCGGCCCUAUCAACUUGAUAUAUUGCAUGGUCACUCCAUCGCCAUAUGCACCCUCAUUCACUGAUCUUCCCAUAUCCAACAUCCUCAUUGUAACUCUGUACUGCACCCACUAUUUCAACCGCGCCAUAAUCUCCCCCUUCUUCUCCGCCCCCAGCAUGUCCCCAAUCCACGUCGCCAUCAUGUCCUUCGCCAUGCUCUUCAAUUGGUUCAACUCAGCCUGUCUGGUCGGCUGGUUGCGCGGAUAUACCGUCCCGACUAUCCCAAACUUCCACACAGCCAGCAGCGGAACUCCAUCCCGCCCUGCGGUGGUAGAUCUUCUCCCCGCCGUGGGCGUUAUCUUGUUCGCCAUCGGAAUGGCCGGCAACAUCUACUCAGAAACAGCGCUGUUCCGGUUUAGACGCGAAGAAGCCGAAAAACGCGCUACCAAAAAGACAGAUGAUGAAACCCCGGCCGGAGGCGAGGAACGCGGCAGCCGAAACAAGUUCCACAAAGUCUACGUCAUCCCACCUACCCGUGGUGUCUUCCGAUACAUCUUGUAUCCGCACUACGUCUUCGAAUGGCUCGAGUGGAUUGGUUUUGCUCUCGCUGGUACGGCAGUUGUCCCAUUCUCCGCCCUCCCUAUCUCCGCCUCAGCAUCUUCUGUCGCGAUCGCUCCCCCGCUGCGUAUUGCGCCUUGGUUGGUGCCUGCUGCGUGGGCGGCUGGUAAACUAGCUGUGCCGCUGCCUUUGCCUGCUGUGGUGUUUGUUGCCAAUGCGGUUACGAAUAUGUUGCCCCAUGCGCGCUGGGGUCGGAAGUGGUAUGUUGAGAAGUUUGGCGAGAAGGCUGUUGCUGGGAGGGGUGCUGUUCUCCCUGGAUGUCCUUGGAUGUGAACGAGGGAGAUUCUCCAAGUGGCUUUUUUUUCUCUUUCUCUUUUUCUUUUAUUUUCAUUUUUUUCGUGACUGGCUUCCCAGCCUUGAUAUUUAAAUACAAUUACUGGUUCACAGCC